AAGAUUAUCUUCGUAUUAAUUAAUUAUAAUAUAAUUAAAGUAUUUACAAGUACAAUAAAUGAUACUGAUUGUUAAUUAUUAUAAAAAUGAUACAACAAAUAUCGAAUUAUUAAAUCAUGUAAAAAAAAAAUUAGUAAUAUGUGCCAUUUUAUAUACUUGACGAGAUUAAAGACAAUCUCCGCAGUAUUAUUACAUAAAUUUAAUGAGUAUGUAUAUUAUUUGUUGACAAUUUUGACGGUUAUUACAAUAUUAUACAACGAAUGGAUUAUAUAUUCGUUGUAUGCAUCAAAUUGGCCUAAAUUUUUUUGUGGGAAUAAAAAUUAUUGUACAACUGUCAUGUUAGUUGCUGAUCCACAAAUAUUAGGCAAUGAAAAUGAAAACAUUUUAGCGCGCUGGGAUAAUGAUAGAUAUCUAUUUAACACUUAUGGUCGAGCAUUUCAACAUACUAAACCUGAUAAUAUUGUAUUUCUGGGAGAUUUGAUGGAUGAAGGAUCCUUAGCAGAUCAACAAAGUUUUGAAAAAUACCUGCUUAGAUUUUGUAAGAUCUUCUUCUUGAAAAAUACCAUUCCACUUGCAUCUCAAAAUGUAAUUUUUAUUCCUGGUGAUAAUGACAUAGGAGGUGAAAGAGAAAUAGUUAUUAGAGAAAAAGUUGAUAGAUUUCAUACAUAUUUUGGGUCUCCUGAAGUUAUAGAAAAGAAUAAUGUUCAAUUUAUUGUAGUUAAUAAUAUAAUUGAAACAAUGCCUAUAAAUAAGAUGUAUUUUAAAAAUAAUACAAAAGCAAUGAAAUUAAUAUUUUCUCAUGUACCAUUAACAACCAAAUGGACUAAGUUUACAGAUAAAGUUUUACAAGAGUUUAAAAAUGAAUUCAUCUUUUCAGCUCAUGACCAUUCAUCAUUCAAUAUUAUAAGUAACACAAGCUCAAAAGAACGUUUAUUUGUGCAGAGAUUAAACCAUAGUAGUUUUAAUAAUAUGUCUCAAGCUCAAUGGAGAUUUGGUCAACUUCCGAAAAAUGUUGUCAAUGAAAUUAUUGUACCCUCAUGCUCUUAUAGAAUGGGUACAGAAAACAUUGGUUAUGGAGUACUAACAAUCGAUACCUUCAGACAUUCAGUUACCUACUCUAUUUUGUGGCUUCCGUCUAGAUUUAUUAGUUUUUAUUUAUACUUAUAUGCAAUAGUAAUAUGUAUUUGUUUGUAUAUAUUUCAUUUAUACACUAGAGAUGUUAAAUUUCCUAUGUACAGAGUUUUAUAAUAAAAUGAAUUGUAAAAAUAAAAAAAUUAUGUAAUAAGAUAAGAAAUAAUAUUCAUUAUUUUUUAAAAAGCUCAAAUGUAUCAAUAAAGAAUAUAUGUUUAAUGAUUA